CGGGUCCUCCUAGUCGUUUGGAACCGACGGCGAGAAUUCGGCUCCCACCGCCCCCCCACUGGCCUCUGCCGCGCCCUCCGCCCUCAGCCGGAGUAGGGACGCUCCAGCCCGGUGCCGCUAGACGCGGGUCGCAGGCCCCUCCCAAGAAAGUGAGCCACAGAGUAAGCUGGCUCAGCAGAAUAUGACCAUAAGUUCGGUGUGAAACUGUUUCAGCUCAUGUUGGAAGAUGGAUGGCUCGGAGACAGAUUUCAACCUGAAAGUCGUCCUGGUCAGCUUCAAGCAGUGUCUCACUGAGGAUGGGGAGGUGCUACUGGACCACUAUAUUGCCAGCUGGAAGGGGCUAGUCAGGUUUCUGAACAGCCUAGGUGCCAUCUUCUCAUUCAUUUCCAAGGAUGUGGUUUCAAAGCUGCAAAUCAUGGAGUACCUAAGGAACAGCCCACAGCGUGAGCACUACACCAGCCUGCAGUCCAUGGUGGCCUAUGAGGUGGACAACAAGCUGGUGGACAUAGAUCGCCACUCUCGUUCCCACUACCCUAACUCAGGCUGCCGGACGGUGUUGCGCCUGCACCGUGCUCUGCAUUGGCUACAGCUGUUCCUGGAAGGCCUGCGCACCAGUUCCGAGAAUGCUCAUACCUCCACACUCUGCAGUGAUGCCUACAGUGCCACACUGGCUGCCUACCAUUCCUGGAUCGUACGCCAGGCUGUCACUGUGGCCUUCUGUGCCCUGCCCACACGCAAGGUCUUCCUUGAGGCCAUGAACAUGGGGUCCUCCGAGCAGGCAGUAGAAAUGCUGGGAGAAGCCCUGCCUUUCAUUGAACAUGUGUAUGACAUCUCCCAGAAGCUCUAUGCUGACCACUCCCUGCUAGAUCUGCCCUAGUGGCUGGUCCCCAGACCAGGUGAGCUUCCCUUGCUUAGACCAGGGCUUGGAGAGCCUGAGGCCACUCCCACAGCAAUAUGUUCUGAGUACCACUGUCACUCCUGCAAGCUGAGGUUGUUGAGAGCCACAAGCUGUGACAAGAAAGAUAGGCUGGCUGUUGGACGAGGAGAGGUGGAGGCUAGUAUCCUGUCAGUCCACGGUGAGACAGCUGAGCCCCAGCUUUCCCUUCAGCCUUAGUUAUGUGUGUCAGGCCUCCUUAAAAUACAAAUGGUAAAUGGAGAAGAUUGGGUAGGAGUGGGGCUCAUAUAUAUGCAACAACUCAAGGUUGCCCCACCUCUUGUGUGUGGAAUCUAUGAAAUGGUAUGAGGCCAUGAGACCUGGAGCUGAAGUUCUGUCUCCACCUCCUCCCCUCGGCCAUCUGCCCAGCCAAUGUGUAUCCUUCUUAUGCCCAUCUCAGGCCUGAGACACAGGGUCAGUGCCAGGCAAACAGCCUUAGGGCCCACAUGUCUGAGGCCCCUUCAUGUUUCACUGGCUGUCUUCAGGCAGAAUGAGGUUUCUGGGGCUGUGGGGGCUCUCUCCCUGCCCAUGAUUUGCCUAUUUGUUAGCCUUUUUUCAUAUCAAAUAGGCCAGCGCCUUUGUGUACUUGGCAGUGCCAACUGGCUGAAGCAGAGGCUUCCCUGGAAAAGUCUGCCCUGCUCAGGGCAGCCUCCUCCACAGCCCCUGCAUCAUAGCAUCAGCCCCCUGGGAGAGACACAGGAGGUGGCUUCCUGCAGUGGUACUAUUGCACUGAACCCCCAGCACAGCCCAAGGUUCUGAGAUAUCAAUACCUGCCAAGCCAGGCCCCAUCUUCCCUAGCUAGCAUCCAGUGAGAUGCUACAUUCCUUCUCCCCCUGCCCUGCUGCUCCUGUCACCACAGUAUCCAGAAGACAAAUAGGACAUGGCUAAUGGAGGGGGUCUGGAGCCUCUUGGCCAGCUGACAAGAGGCCCUAGUCUUUCUCACUUCAUCUUCAUGCAGAACCCUACGACAAAUUCAUGAAGACAGUGUGGGCAUACCUCCUUCCCUCAAGAGCUAUAGUGUUCUGUUCCCACCACAAAUAAAUUAUAAGAUUUGUGUAUGGCA